ACCGGAGCCGGUGCUGUUGCAGAGAACGCAUCCACGAGGAAGCGCUGCAGGCUGUCGCCGGCGGCGGUCUUGUCCCACUCCCAAUCCCAACCACAACCUCUGCCGACAUCACCGCCGGCGGGCUUGGCUCCUUUCAUAGCUUCUAGCACUGGAGGCUGCAGGGCGCAGGGAGCACAUUCCGCCGGUGGGCUUCGCUCCUAUCGGAGCUUCUAGCACUGGAGGCCGCAUCGUGCAUAUUCCGCCGCUGGGCUUGGGCUUGGCUCCUAUCAGAUUCAGAGCUUCUAGCACUGGAGGCCACAGCGGGCAUAUUCCGCCGUGGCAGCAACGGAGCUUCGGUGAGUCCACAUCAACGCCGUGGGAGUUGCGUGCUAUGAGAGCUCGAGCUCAAGAUGUUAUUAGUAUCGGAGGCAGCAGCGAAAUCACCCCGCCGGCGCCGCACACGAUGUGUGCUAGCGAUGCUCUGCAGUUGUGGGAGGCCAGAGUCAAAGCUAGCGAGCAGGCGGCCAUGAUUGGGAAGCUAAAUCAGGAGCUGCACCUGGUGAAAGCCUGGAACACUCAAUGGCAAAAGGAGCUGAGGGCUGCCGGAGCCAAGCACGCCGCCGAGACCGCCAAGCUCAUCGCCCACCUCCGUGCAGCCAAGGACCGCAACAACCAUCUGAAUGAGGAGCUCGUUCGGCUCGAGAAAGAGUAUGUCGCCGAGCGUGACCAGCUCAUGGGUCAGCUGCGCACGGCCAGUGUUCAAGUCGCGCGGCUCCAGGCAGCCAGUGUUGAAGUCGCGCAGCUCAAGGAAGAGCAUGCCGUCAAGAGCGCCCAGCUGAAGGAGGAGCUUGCGGCCGCGGUAAAACAGCUGAAGGAGGAACUCGCGGACGACGCAGAACAGCUCAAGCACGAGGGCUACACCAUGGGCGCGAGCGAUAUGAGGGACCUCGCCCUCGCCAUGUGCAAGGGCGUCAUCAGUCCUGAUGAGCUGAAGGUCGAGCUGCUACUUGACCACAGCCAUCUGAUUCAGGGAGCCUCUCCAGUGGCAGUGGAGGAUCAGUGACGUGCUUUCCGUGGAUGCAUUGCCAAUUUGGAUAUCACAGAUAUGCUGUGGAGGGGCUACUACCGAACGAGAACAGUAUGCUUUUGCUUCAACUGGAACCUAGUUUCAGUUAGGUCCAGAGAGAAUUGUUUUGGUCCGACUUGAUCUCAUUGGGCCUAGCCUCCAUUCUAUCCAUGCUAGAUGCUUGUCAUAUCUGAACUCCAAAGUUAAUGACUUGUGACAGUGGCCUGUAUAUUGCUUACUUCUAUCUCUGCUAAAUGUGGAAGUAGUAUUCAUAUCAUGGUUCCUUUGAAUGUGUUAAGAAGUUCGGCUAAGCUGUUGUUUCCUUGAUAUGUUAUGCUUUGAUGGUUUGGUUUCCUAAUUCAUAAUAAACUUAUUUUGAGAUAUAAAUGUUGCA